CUUAAUAUCUAUGCCUAUUUGUCACAAAUGUCAGGGGUUAUCAAGAUGGAAAAAAUGCGUUUCGUAAACAUGUAUGGCAAUGGGCGAUAGGGUGCCUCGACGUAGUGUUGGCGCCCCUUUCUACGCGCCCCCGCGGCGUAAGACCUCUGCGGAGAUCAUCAGUGAGGCAAGAGCUGCUAUAUUUGACGUAAUUCCCCAGAAAUGAGCGGCACAUCGAGUGGCUCUAGUGUGGGCGGGCUGCGGUCGCUGCGCACGCGCCGGCCCUUCACGCCACGCGAGCCACAACGCACACUAUUUACUGACCGCGCUCGUAAGCGUGACCCCAGACCACCUAGUGCAUUUGAUCUCAAGUAUCUCAGUCUGACAGAAGAUAACGAAGGACCUCCGAUAACGAGCAAACGCAUUGCGAGCUUUGCUGAAGAAGAAGCAAGUCCAGAACAUAAAACAGAUAAUAAACAUACAACGAAGAAGGAUAAUUCGAUGAAAGAUGGCAUUACAUGGAGUGGAUUUACCAAAUUACCACAUCUCAGUGGUAGAAGUAAACCUUUACAUCGGAGAAACACAACAGGUCAAAUAACAGUAGAAGCCCCGUCCACAAUAUCUAGUAUAUCCCAAAGUAUAUUGAUAACAAAACCAUUAGGAGUAAAGAGUGAUGUGGAAUCAACGAAAAACGUAUCCAAAGAUUUACAUGGGAAUAAACCACAUGGUGAUACAGCAGCAAGCAAACGGCGUACGUUCGGAAUAAUAAAAUCAGUAUCUUGUGAUGGCUCCGGUAUCGGAGAUAUUCCAGUCAGACAUCUAGCGCUACAACUUCCUAAUACAUCUUAUGAUAAUUAUGAAAGUAUGACAACUCUAGAAUUAGCAGAAGCAUUAACAACACAGAGCAGUCAUGACGUUGAGAAGACUCUACUAUUAUUAGAACCGCUGCAGAACAUUCUAGAAAAGUCUACGCCUUCAAACAAUCUGCGUGAACUGGUCAUCCGCUCCCUCUAUGUUCAUAUUGAUAAUGAAGAUGAACGAAUACUGGUGGCUAUUGCUAGAGCUAUGCUUACGAUGCGGGUAACCGGUAAACAUUUGGCUGCUGCGUGCAAGUUGGUCUUCAAAAUUGCAAGGAACGACAAAAACGAUCAUUUCUUCAGGAACAGUAACUUAUUAGAACUCCUUGUGGAAGGAUGUGGUCGAGCGGACCCGUUGGCGGAGAGCGAAUGUUGCGUGUACGGCGCGGGGGCGCUCCGGUUCCUCGCACUGGAGCCCCGGCUGUGUGUACUGGCACACGAGGCCGGAGCCCUACACCUCGCAGCGCUGCAUCUCAAGAUAUUCAAUAAUGCGAAAGCAGAAAGACCACGUCAAGUGCGGGAGCAAGCUACACACGCACUAUAUCAGCUGACUGGAGCGCUGCGGAACCUGGCGAAUGGUGGAGCGAAGACAGCGACUGCGUUUGUCAACAGCGGCGCGCUCGGGGAACUGCUGGCUGCUCUACCACUGCACACUGAUAGAGAUGUGCUCACUAAUGUGGCGCGAUGUCUUAGCGUCUUGUCAGCCGAGGACGCGUGUUGUGAAUGGCUGUGUACUUCGCCGUGCAGCGCUCGAGCACUAUUACGAACGCUAGCGGCGUGUGCGUCCCGCGCCGCGCUCGCUGUCAGACUGACGUAUACUCUAGGCAACAUGGCCGCCGCGGAUGAACAAGCUAGGAUAAACAUUUAUAAUGAAGAAGGAGGUAUUGACGUGAUUCUGACUAUAUUAGAAUCUUAUACAAGACGCAAGGACAGAGAUACUAAAGAUUUGGAAGAGGAUACCGACCUACAUUUGGUUGGUUCAGAUUUAGGUGGAUCAGAUGGCUCGAACGAAGAUGUUCUGAUUAAGACGGUACGUGUGGUGGCCAACCUCUGCCUGUCAGAUCUGGCCGGACGUGGUAUUGCGAUGCAUCAUGCCCAACGAACUAUCAGAGCUCUGCUUGCCUGUCUUGAUGUAGCAGAGAAAGCUCCUGAUAAACUGGUUAGUGAAACUGAAGAAAUCAACGACGGUAGUUGGAACAUGGAUCGUCGAGAGGAAUUAGCUACGGCCGCUCUUGCUACCCUCAACAACAUCACCUUCUAUCUUGAGCCUACCGAGAAUCUGGAUCCUUUGGACGAUCAUAUAGAACAGCUUUGUAAAGCAACCUGUCGCUGGCUGCACAAGGCGGGCGACGCGUGCCGGCUGUCGGCGUGCGAGGCGGUGCGCGCGCUGGGCAACCUGUCCCGCUCGAGUCGCGCUGCGCGGUGGCUGGUGCUAGAGGGUGCGCUUGAUGCAUUGCCUCCGUUUCAGGAACACGAGGACGCUAGUGUGCGGUACGCGGCGGCGGGCGUGCUGGUGAACGUGUGCGGGUCCGGCGCGGAGCCCGGGGCGGCGGCGGGUGCGGCGGCGGCGGCGCUGCGCGCUGCGGCCAGCUCCCGCGACGCGCCCGCCGCCGCGCUGCUCGCCCGCGCGCUCUGGAACUCACAUGCACACCGCCCCCUGCCGCCCGCGCAUGCACAUCUUAUAACUGCCGCACUCGCUGCGUUUAUUGACGAUGAUUCCGUGUUCACAGCGUGCGCCGCGCCGCGCUCCGACGACUGUGAUCCGGAUAUCAAACGACAUCACGCGAAGUUCGGUGAGUUGGAUAAUCAACGACUCCACAUUGAAGAUCCUAAACAGCGCAAAGCUGAGCCCGAUGAUCACCAUGGUUCAGGAGACGAAGACUGGGAUAGAACGGGAUACUCUGGGGAGGAUUUGGGUUUCGAAGAAGGGGAUAUAACUAUAGAAGAUGAAUGUGGUUGUGAACCAUGCAGGCGGUUGGCUGCCUGGGAUGAGUUAGUGGGUGUGGCGAUACCACUACUGGAGAAGUUAAAACCACCCAGAGCGGAUGCCUCCGUUGGGACUGAGUGAAUUAUAUCGAUUAUCAUGUAUGUUUAUUUUAUUUCUAUGUUUAUGUACUUUGUCGA